CAGGGAAGCCGUGUAGCUUCCCCUGGAGGAAGAGCGAGGCCCUUGGCGAGCGGCCUCCGCGGCUCCUCCUAGAGCCUGUUCCAGAGGCGCCGUCCCUGGCAGUGGCGCCUGCAGCCAGGCACACGUUCGCCGCGGGGUUUACCGGGGAAGCAACGCGAAGUUCCAGCGCCACCCACCAAAAUUUGGCCCGGUGGCGCCGCCGCCGCCGCCUUUACGACAGAGGGGCAGCUGGGACAAACCUGAGCGAUUCUCAUUUAAGUUGAAGGGAGGGCGGUUCUGCGGGGCACUCAGUGUGAAAACUGCGGCCGGCAGGUGCUGCUGGUCGCCGGCUCAGCUCACAAGCCUGGAAUCACAGAAACGUCAGACUGGAGAGGACCUUGGGUCUGUUCAAACGAUUAGCAACCGAAGAAAGAGACCGCCAACAAUGCGCAUGCGCAGCCGCUGCUGCUGCCUGCGGUGCUGAGACACGUUCCGCGGCAGAGGCUGAGCUAUUGUUUCGCGGUCUCUUCAUUUGGCGUCCGCCGACUCGCAACCGUCCCCUUUAAUUGCCACCUCCCCUUUUACGUGACCGCCUUCUAUCUGUUGGCCCUGUCGGCUUUGGCGCGAAAAUCUUGCCGGGGAACAUUCGGAAGAGGCGGGGCGCGGGUAGAGGCGGCCGCUGAUUGGUCGAUGGUGCGGCCCGCUAGCCACGGGGGCUCCAUCCGCAGCGCGCGAGUUGCUCCUCUAGCCCUUUUCGGACCGGUGGAGGUGGGAAGGCUGCGCUCGAGCCAUGGACCUCGCGGCCGGGGACGCGCACCAGCAGCUCCGCGAUGAGGUGGCGGAGAAGUGCCAGAAGCUGUUCCAGGACUUCCUGGAGGAAUUCCAGAAUAGUGAUGGGGAAAUCAAAUACUUGCAUGAUGCUGAAGAGCUAAUCCGUCCAGAGAGGAACACGUUAAUUGUGAGCUUUGUGGAUUUGGAGCAGUUCAAUCAGCAGCUCUCUACAACUGUCCAGGAGGAGUUCUACAGAGUUUAUCCUUAUCUGUGUCGAGCAGUGAAGACUUUUGCCAGAGACCAUGGAAAUGUUCCUCCAAACAAAGACUUCUAUGUUGCAUUCCAAGAUCUACCUACCAGACAUAAGAUUCGAGAGUUGACAUCAGCCAGAAUUGGCUCAUUGAUGCGUAUUAGUGGACAGGUGGUACGUACCCAUCCAGUUCAUCCAGAGCUUGUAAGUGGAACCUUCCUGUGUCUAGACUGUCAGACAGUGAUAAAAGAUGUGGAGCAGCAAUUUAAAUAUACACAGCCAAACAUCUGCAGAAAUCCGGUCUGUGCCAAUAGAAGGAGAUUCCUGCUGGACACAAACAAAUCAAGAUUUGUUGACUUUCAAAAGGUUCGCAUUCAGGAAACGCAGGCUGAACUGCCGCGGGGAAGCAUUCCUCGCAGCGUAGAAGUUAUCCUGCGUGCUGAAGCGGUAGAAUCAGCCCAGGCUGGUGACAAGUGUGACUUCACAGGAUCGCUGAUUGUUGUGCCUGAUGUAGCUCAGCUAUCCACCCCAGGUGUGCGUGCAGAAACUGGUUCCCGUGUCAGUGGUACAGAGGGUUAUGAAACUGAAGGAAUCAGAGGACUUCGUGCUCUGGGUGUCAGAGAUUUGUCCUAUAAACUAGUCUUCCUAGCAUGUUAUGUUGCUCCAACAAAUCCACGGUUUGGUGGGAAAGAGCUCCGAGAUGAGGAACAGACUGCAGAGAGCAUUAAAAACCAGAUGUCUGUAAAGGAAUGGGAAAAGGUGUUUGAAAUGAGCCAGGAUAAAAAUCUUUACCACAAUCUCUGUACCAGCCUCUUCCCUACUGUACAUGGUAAUGAUGAAGUGAAACGAGGGAUUCUACUGAUGCUCUUUGGAGGAGUUCCUAAGACAACUGCAGAAGGCACUUCAUUGCGUGGGGACAUCAACGUUUGCAUUGUUGGGGAUCCAAGUACAGCCAAGAGUCAGUUUCUCAAACAUAUAGAGGAGUUCAGUCCCCGUGCUGUGUACACCAGUGGGAAAGCCUCCAGUGCUGCUGGUCUAACAGCCGCUGUAGUGAAAGAUGAGGAGUCUCAUGAAUUUGUCAUCGAAGCAGGAGCCCUGAUGUUGGCAGAUAAUGGGGUUUGUUGCAUUGAUGAAUUUGACAAAAUGGAUAUACGAGAUCAAGUUGCCAUUCAUGAAGCAAUGGAGCAACAGACUAUAUCCAUAACAAAAGCAGGAGUUAAGGCUACUCUGAAUGCCAGGACCUCCAUUUUGGCUGCAGCAAACCCAGUUGGUGGGCGUUAUGACAGAUCAAAAUCUCUGAAACAGAACAUAAAUCUGUCAGCUCCCAUCAUGUCCAGAUUUGAUCUCUUCUUCAUUCUUGUGGAUGAAUGUAAUGAGGUUACGGAUUAUGCCAUUGCCAGGCGCAUAGUGGAUCUGCAUUCCAGAAUAGAAGAAUCUGUUGAUCGUAUCUAUUCAUUAGAUGAUAUCAGAAGGUACCUGCUAUUUGCAAGACAGUUUAAACCAAAGAUUUCUAAAGAGUCAGAGGACUUCAUAGUUGAGCAGUAUAAACGAUUACGUCAACGGGAUGGCUCUGGAGUUAUAAAGUCAUCCUGGAGAAUCACAGUACGACAACUGGAGAGCAUGAUUCGACUGUCUGAAGCUAUGGCCCGAAUGCACUGUUGUGAUGAGGUUCAUCCAAAACAUGUGAAGGAAGCAUUCAGGUUAUUAAACAAAUCUAUCAUCAGAGUUGAGACUCCAGAUGUCAAUUUAGACCAAGAUGACGAACAGCAAAUGGAGGAUCAGGAGGCUGAAGAUGGAGUCAAUGAUGGUGCAGAUGCUCCAGCAGGUGGCAACGGCCUUGUGAAUGGGAUCAGUGACCACUCUGAGGAUGCAAACAAAGAUGCAGCCCUAAAAGCUUCCAUGAAACUUGGCUUCUCUGAAUACCGCCGAAUCUCUAACCUCAUUGUGCUGCACCUCAGGAAAGCAGAAGAAGAAGAGGAUGAUUCCUCAUUAAAGAAGAGUGAUCUUAUUAAUUGGUACUUAAAGGAAAUUGAAUCAGAAAUAGAGUCUGAAGAAGAGCUUAUAAAUAGAAAGAAGAUCAUAGAGAGAAUCAUUCAUCGACUUAUACACUAUGACCACAUUCUAAUAGAACUCACCCACACUGGCCUAAAAGGCUCCGCAGAAGGAGAGAGCUUUGAUGAAGACCCGUACCUGGUAGUUAACCCCAACUAUCAGCUGGAAGACUAGGGGUUGUAAUGUACCAUAGUAGGACUUAAUUUGUUAAUGUUGGAAAUGCAUUCUUUGUACAUUGUUGCAAUACUCGCUGGAUAGCUAAAUUCUUAAAUUUGUAUGAACACUUUAUUGUGGAGCAGUACUCUUAGUAAUACCUGAUUCUUCAUAGAUAUUCAGCAUUCCUGAAAUGUGGUUUUAUAUAAGUGACACAUUUAUAUAAUGUUUCUGUGGGUUUUUUUUUUUAAAUGGCCUUCUUCCAAACAAGGCAAAGUAAGGCAACAUGAGAUCUCUUCGGCAUGGAGCUAUCCAGAUGCUUUUUUAACAGUGGGGAAAUUUGCACCAUUCUUCUCUAGUAUCUGUUAGUGAGAUUUUAUGAUGCAGAUUUUUACAAUUCUGUUUUUCCUAUUAAAUAAAUAAAAAUUUGUUAAAUGUC